AAAAUUGACUUUUCAAAAUACCAACAGCCAGCUUUCACGUCGUCUCGAAGUUCCAGCAUAUUUUCGGCAUUUUCUCUGUAAUUAACGUGAUUUCAAGUUUGCAUUUGCUUCGUGAUACAUCCGGGCAUGUAUACAAGUCAAUAUUGACGUGGGGAGAGCCGCAUAUUUCGUCAAGUGCAAUAAUUUCGUGUCCGGUCAGUGAUCAAGUGCACCUGACUGUUCUGGUUGGGACGCGAAUUCACCGUAAAUUGCGUCUGCUGGACGGCCCUUAUCAGACUUCGCUUAAUUCCCGAAAACUGUCCCGUCCUGGCAAGUGGCAGAAAUAGGUCAAAGAACACUCAACGGCCGGCAUUGGUUCUGAUAAAAUUUCAAACAGCUGUCAAAGUCACCUGUGCGCUCCCCGCCACUCUGCGCGUCAGUCCAUCACCUUCAGGAAUCUACUCGAAAACCACACGGCCGACAACUUAACAGCGCUCAAGUGCGCUCCGCAACCGUCAUUAGAACGAGACAGCUGUCUAAUAUCUCAUUUUUCAAAGGCCUGCAUUAAAAUGGCGACUUUUCACCAUCAAUAAGUCGAGUGAGUGGUUCUGAGGUGAUGUUAGUCGUGAGUUUUUCCACAAAUAAUCCUAGUUUUAAGUCGCCGAAUUACACGAAAACAUCGUAAAACGUGAGACGGGAGUCGGGCGCGUCUUUUGACAUAAGCUUGGUGUCGCGCAGUGAUGUAAUUCCAGAGGAAAUCGAAUGAAAAGUUUGCACUGCCAAGUUGCAGAAGUGAAGAAGAAAAUUUGUGAAAUUCUGAAAAUUUGUUAAGAAACGUUGCAUCACCACCCGUUCUGUGGUUCGCGGACGUGGUUAUCAAUUCCCCAUUGAAUUUGCCCCGGGGACUGUCCGACCGAGUGAGUUUUCAGCCACCCUUCAGGUGCCCCAGGAAACUUCUUGCCUAAGCGACUUUUUCCACUGCUCUUUCUUGUGUGUGCAUUGAAAGCGGGUUGUUGUUAGUGUUUAUAGGCCUGGUCGGUCCGAGUCGGCCACAGGGAGGCGAACGAUCCACGGCAAAACAAGAAGAAAGCAAUUCAAGUCUCUGACACGAGUUCCAACUCUGCGUUGUGUGCGGCCAUUUCUCGAGAGUUGUGGCUGGCGACAAAUUCAUCGCAUCUGGGGUCGCACACGCACGUUGGAUUUUCACGAAAUGUCCGCUGCCGUGGCCGAGUCGAUUUGAAGACGCCUGACGCGCGACAUUUUGACGGGAAUUUAUGCAGCGCCGCGGCCACCCCGGAAAUUGAUUCGUAAUGGGAAAACGCAGCGCUUACGACAGCACGCCCGCGGCCCAGCAGCAAACAGGCGGCCCCAAGACAAAACGGGCCAGGCUCAAUGGACAGCGACGCCACCCGCUCCGGCGAAAUGUAAGCUACAACAGCGAAACGUCCGAGGAUGAGUCGUCCGCGGCUAGCUCCUCGUCACACUCAUCCGCUGCCUCUACAAAUGAUAAAUGCAAACAGUCGCCAAAACCAGACUUCCAGCUGACGCGUGAUCUGGUCGCCGGAACCAUCCUCACGGACUUGACGCAGAAGGACUGGCGCAUUGGAAGUCCAAUAGGCAAGGGCAGCUUCGGAGAGAUCUUCCUCGCGUCCGACAACACAGCCGUCCCGGUGACAAGGGACAACGCCAAGUACGUGGUGAAGAUCGAGCCACACUCCAAUGGGCCGCUCUUCGUUGAGAUCCAUUGCCUCCUCAACACCGCCAAGAACACAGUUGACGAUCCUCUCCCUCCUGGAAUGCCCGAAUACAUUGCAUCCGGUUCACAUUAUUUCAAAAAUAUCCGCUAUCGUUUCCUAGUUUUGCGUCGCUUUGACUGUGACCUACAUUCAAUAAUAAAACGUCAUCGUGUUGACGAAAAAUCGGUCCUAGUUUUAGCCGUACAAAUUUUGGAUAUUUUAGAACAUCUCCAUGACAAAGGUUACUGCCAUUCCGAUAUUAAAGCUGAAAAUCUCAUGAUCAGCAAAUGUACGUAUCACAAGAAAAAAUCACGGCCAAUAGAUCUAUCGUCUGACACGUCGAGUGACACCGAGCUCCAUACGAAGUCCGACGACGAUUCGAACGAUGAAGAUUUAGACGAUGAUGACGAUAAUGAAUCGGAAUACCGGACGCCAACAUCAUGGAAAAGGAAGAAUUUUGUGCCGUUUAGCGGAUCGAAUCCGGUGCGGUCUUGUCGAUUAAACAGGCGUAACGUCUCAACCUAUCAAGAGUUGGUCAAUUCACAUUACUUACGUCCCACAAAAAAGAUAAACUACACGGAAUUUGACGAGAAUUCCAAAAGCAGCGAAGACUGCACAAUUGAUGAGAUUAUCAGCCGCCAAAGGAACACCACUCGGCGCGUCGCUCCCGCAGAAGAAAAACAGGCUUCUUCACAUCCUGGUAAACUGGUGACGGAGGAUCGAAUAUUUCUCAUCGAUUUCGGUUUAGCAUCAAAAUUUAUCGAUUCAAGCGGCAACCACCGGCCUUUCUGUAUGGAUCAACGCCGAGCCCACGAUGGAACUCUAGAAUUCACAUCGCGGGACGCCCAUUUGGGAGCUCAUUCGCGUCGCAGCGAUCUUGAAUGCUUAGGCUACAAUCUGAUAUAUUGGUCACAAGGAUAUUUGCCGUGGAAAGAGACUGCCGCUCAACAGCAACACGAAAAAGUCCAUUGGAUGAAAGAGUAUCUAAUGACUGAUGUCCGAGAGAUGCUCAAGCAGGUUUACGGUAAGUCAGUUCCUAAGUAUUUGGGGGAAUAUAUGCACUAUGUUGGCUCGCUGGCUUAUCAUGAACGCCCCAAUUAUGAUAAGUAUCGAAGGAUUUUCCAGCGAGAAUACUCCAAACUAGGCGCUAAAUGUGACGAGAUGGUCCUGAAUGUGGCAGAGCUUAAACGCAAGCUGAAAGAGGUGAAGGAUGAAGUCGAUAACAAUAACGAAAUCGAACUUAAAAAUUUGAAAAGUAUUAUGAAGAAUUUAGGAAUUCUACUACCAUUCCGCGAGAGUAGUACGAAUCGGGUGUCGCCGAAAAACCUACGAUCAAUGUCCGAAAAGCAAUCAAAGAGUAAACGCAAAAAGUUCUGUUGGGCCGAGAUUCUUAGCCAAGAUCCUGAUCAAAUAGCGCGAGAGCGGGCGGAGAAGGAAUUCGAACGCGAGCCAUCAACUGAAACUCCGGUUAUCCGUUACUCCGGGAAACCGACGUAUGCUAUCCUAGAAAUUGAAAAUCGUAUUAAGUUUAAAGAUCGGUUAGAAGCUUGUAGUGACCAGGAAGAGGAUGAGAUCUUGAUCAAGGGCUACACAAAGCCCAUGAUGGAGAUCCUUCGGAAACGGCAAAGCGCAUUAUUGGCCGAUAUCGAAGAGAAGAAGCAGAGCGCGAAUCAUAAACCCGUUACAAGAACUAGAGCUAAGGCAGGUUUACGAACUGUGAUCACUCCGACUAAGCGCGGAUUAGACUAUAGUAAUGAGUUAGGUCAAAGACGUGCCGCGGCAAAGCAACGUGUACAUAAGAAUAGUGGCGAUUUCACCAGUACGGACGAGUCAUCAUGCAGCAGUUUAAACUCGGUCGCGAGCAGUACAAAUUCAACGGCUCAUAUAACGUCUAAUAAUGGCGCGAAAAAAUCGCAAUAUGUGAGUAGUUCAAAUUCGUCAUUACGCGGUGGCGGUACAAGUAGUUUUUCGUGUCCGUCGUCGUCGAGUGGCGGUAGCCUAAGUGAUGAAGAUACACGUGACUCUAUGAUGGUUUUCAGCCCGAAACGGACUAGAUAUCGUCAUCAAAAUCAUUCGGGAUCCAGUAAAGCAGCGGCGAAUUUAAGUAAUGUUGUCGGAAGUAAAAAACGUAAGAAGAGUAUACCCAGGAAACGUAACGGUAGAGAUAAAUUUCUUUCAGCGUAACAAAAGAAAAGCAAACAAAACGUUUGUUAUGAGAUUGUUGUCGACUCAAUGAUUUGUUAUCAAGAAAGAUCAACAAGAUAGAACUGCAAGCGCAUUAAUAUACUUUUAUAAAUAUGUAUGAUCACAAAUGUUGUAUACACAAGAGAGAAUGAUGAAUUCGGUAGUGGCGAAGCGAACAUAAGGAGAAUCAAUAAGUUAUUACAAGAAAUAAUUGUAACAUACACAAAAACUACUGUUAAAUACAUAAAUCAAUGUCAUGUCAGUUAAAGCUAAGAAUAACAGAAAAUCUAAAUGAGCAUGUUCACAUAUUUAGUAUUACGAAUAUUAUAUUUCAUCCAACUGUAUAUUUCCCAAUAAAUCUGUAUCGAAUAUUGCCUAACUCUAUUGUAUUUAUGCAGUUUCAAUCGAACAUAAAAGAAUCCAAGUAGAAAAUUAUAAACUCUCAGAUUUGUAAUGAUAUACGCAGAGUACGUCGCAUGAAAAUAUAUUGAACUAACAAAAAUCCAAAAGAACUGUUGUUACUCUUAAAUGUUGCAGUUAGCUGGAAAGAUACAUUAUUCACAUUGCAAAAUUAUUAAGUAAGAACUGAAUCCGAACAAAAAUGAAUUACAAACAGAAGAAUUAUUAAAAUACUAUUAAAAAAUAAGAGGAAAGUAAUAAAGAAGAAUAAACUAAUCAUUGCCGCCUAUAUAUGUGUUGUACAUGUACAAGUUUUUAUUGUUCCCUCGAUUUUAUCCAACAAAAUUUGGUAUCCAAAUUUUCCAUUUACUCUCGUAUUUACUAUAGAAUAAGUUUCUUUAUAUCAUUUAUUUUUAGUUGUGUUUCUUUCUGUUUUUAGUGUACAUUUCUACAUUGUAGAGCCUAGGAAAAGAGAAUCAAAUAAAAAUGGAAAACUACUAUAUAUAUAUACCCAUAUUUUCACUUGUUUUGCUUUAUAGAUUGGCUUCUUCAAUAUAGGCUUAGGUAGUUGAUAUAACAAAUUCAGACAAAUUAUUUGAUAUUAGAAAUCAGCCACGUGUUUUCUAUAUUAUAUUAUCCACCAUAUUAUCAUUACGGUUAUUAUGAAAUUCUAAGUGAUUUUUUUCUAAUUUAGUUUCUUAAAUAUUAUUUAAAGAGAAAAAUAACAAAAGGGUUAAUGAUCGUAUCUAGUAGAGGAUAAUGAAUAAAAUUGCGGAUAAUAAACAUGAAAAAUCAUAAAAAUACAUAAUAAAUAUAAAUAAAUGAAAAGCAAACUUCAUAA